AUGGAGGCUUCGGAAGAUCGCAUCACGGAAAAAGUGCAGUCGCUGAGUGAUCUGGAGCUUGCCGUUCUCAUCUGCUUGGUCGCGGAUCAGCAUUGCAUCAUCGAAGCGGAAAGGCAACUGACCCGUGAUGUUCUGGAGGAGUUGAAACCUGUCGCUACCAAUACUUUCGGACUAACAUGGGCUGUACUGGAAUGCACCGAGCACACCACGCUGGACGAUUUCGGAAGCGGAAUCCUCGUGAGAGGAGAAGAGAACGAUUAUUUCGGCAACAAAGCUGGGCGUGGUAGAGGAGAGCUGAUACGAGGCAAGCGGAACUUCACGAGGACAGCAGUACAUGCGGCUCCGAAACCAUUCCUAUUCAUCGCUUUGAAUGCUUCAGAUACACCGCGCCUGACAAUGCAUUUGAAUGACCAAUUCUUCAUCUCACACAAGCAUCAGGCAGAUGAUGGGCUGCCAAAUCUUGAAGAGCUACAGGAGAAGAAUCAUGCAUUAGACGACGGCGCAUCAAUGUCUUCCGUAGUCCGCACGCCGCCAUUCCAGCCGGGAAAGCAUAAGCCGCAACAAGCAUUAUUCCUACCUGAUGACCUUGAGACCUUGACGAAGCUGGUGUCGCAAGUCAGAAUCAGCUCUGAAGUAAGAGCCUAUCUAUACAACAUUAUCGUGUUCAUGCGGCUGCAUCGAGCAGUUGCAGGAGGCAUCUCUGCUUUGGCCACGAGGCACUUCAACACGCUGGCACAUAUUGACAGCAGUAGCACGCUCGCCCCACUCCACGGCCUCGAUUACAUUUCACCGUCCAUGAUCGCCCUUGCCGCUCGCAAGAUAUACCCACAUCGCAUCGUCAUUACUGCACCAGAGAACGAGCGCAGCAUGCAAUGGGGCAGCUCGCUCGAGGCAGUCAAGGCUGUCCUUGAAGGUGUCACGGUUGAGGAUGUGAUCGAGGAAGUGCUAGAAUCAGUGGAAGUUCCGCUUUAG